GAAGUUGCCUAACCGCUGCCUACACGCCUGUACCAUCGACGAACAUCGAAAUCCGCAACAUAAAAACACACCCAACGACCAUGUAUUUCCAAUAACCACAACCCAGCACCUGCCAACCCUUCCUCACGCACACUAAAGAAGAAAAUGAGCUUCACAAACACGCCCCUCUACGGCGGCGCAAUCACCGUCGACCUCCCCUCCGGCUUUGCCGAUACCUCGCAAAUCCGACAAGUCCCCGACCACCAAGAAGUCUAUCUCGACGCCGAGGGCUACUCUAGCGUGGUCGUCGAGAUCCUCGAGUACGUGCACAAAAGCAGCGAUGACGAAGCGUUGCAGUAUCAUUUCGCCGAUCUGGUUGACGGGACGGGUGAUGCUACGACGAUUGUGGAGCAAGGGCGCGCCCAGCUGAAGAGUCUGCCCAACGCCCCUCUCCUCACGCUCACCUUCAUUCAAACCCCUCCCACACCCAAUCCUAACCCCCGGCGCAAGACGCCUGAGUUCACAUACAUCCACCUUCUCCUCCUCCGUCUCAAGGAGCAGGCGACUGAUCUCAUGAUCACAAUCAACAUCCCGCAUUAUGCUGGGGAGUACCAGAAGGCGGCUGAAGAGGGUGGCCAAACGCAGCUCAUGAAGGACAGCGCGGCUUUGAAAGAGAAGGUGCUAGAGAGCUUUGAGAUCAAGGAGUGGGGGCUCUUUGAGGGUUAGAGGGAUUGAGAAGCGUUAGGGAAGGUUAAGGGUCAACGGAGAUUUACUAAAGGAAGGAGAUGAAAUGCCGAAUUCAAGUGCCAGUUCAAGUGGCUCAAUGAAAUGGGAUUAGGACUAGAUUACGAAACAUCAAGAUACAAAUAGAAGCGAUAUAAGUCUCCAUUUCAUUGAGUCACAUUUCGAAUCAACAUCACUCGAUAUGCUUAUAUAACCAUUUUACAUAUCAACGAACAACGCAUCUGCGC